AUGAGUCUAGUCGACUACCCAAGCUCCUCCGACUCCGACUCCGAGGCUGGGUCCGACUCUAACUCUCAUUCCGAAAACAAACGCGCGCGGGAGGAGGAGAAUGGGGAGGAGAAAGGGCCUGAGGAACACGCAGGGAAGCGGCCGGAGCACAUGGAAAAGUCGCUCUCCGAAGACUUCAACCUCACCUAUCCGCUCAACGGACAGGCCAGAAAUACGUCCAUAACUAGCUCCACCACUGAUCUCCGCACCCCGGCCAACAUCGACACCCCGCCGCCCCCAGCGCCGUUAGCCCGCAUCCGCACCACCCCACACAUCGAAGGCAACUGGGCAACCUUCGUCUAUUUCGCAAUCAACCCAACCCCAACCCUCGUCGAAACAAUCACCUCAAUCCUCCACACCGCAACCACCCACAUCCCAACCUUGCAAGCCAUCCCCCUCCUCGACAACAACGACGGCGGCGCCCCCCAUUACCACGUCAGCCUGUCGCGCACGUUUUUUCUGAAGGUGUUUCAGAUUGAGCGGUUUGUGGAGGUGUUGAGAGGGAGGGUUAGGGGGGGUAGGAGGUUUACGAUUGGGGUUUCGAGGAUCAGUACGUAUACGAAUGAUGACCGUACCCGCUCGUUCUUGGGGUUGGAUGUUGGGGUUGGGUUUCGUGAGCUGGGGGGUUUCCAUCGACAGCUGCAGGUCAUGACACGCCAAGUCGACGAUGCGGUACGACAGUUCAGCAAACAGACGUAUCACGAGACCCCAGCAUUCCACGCCUCCAUCGCAUGGGCACCUGUUCCUCCAUCCUCUUCGUCUUCAACACAACAACCACAAUCACAAUUGAGCGUCGAAACAACAACACAUUUGAAGAGUUUCGAACGCGCACUCGCACUGGAACGUUUCCUCGUCAAAGCGGUGGUGUGUAGGGCUGGGAAUCGCGUUUAUGAGGUGCCGUUGGACGGGUGA